AACGCGGUCACGGGGCAGAGGCCACCGCCCACAGCAGCCUCCUGCACUGAUCGCGAUGGCGCUCGCCCGCUGCGCGCUCCUUCGCGCACGCCUCGCGGCCCCCCUCGCGGCCCCGUGGGCGGGAGGCGUGCGGCUUGGAGUCGCGGCGGCCUCGGCAUCCACCAGCUCAAAGAGCCAGCUUCCAGGACCGUAUCCAAAGACUCCGGAGGAAGUGGCAGCCGCAGCUCGUAAAUACAACAUGCACCCUUCCGACUACAAGCCCUACCCGGAUGACGGAAUGGGGUAUGGCGAUUAUCCUCAGCUUCCGGAAAAGUCGCAACAUGAAAAGGAUCCGCACUACAACUGGGAUUCCGCAGAUCUGAGACGUAACUGGGGAGAGCCGAUGCACUUUGAGUUUGACAUGUACACGCGGAACCGAGUGGACACGACGCCCUUGCUCGUGCCGUGGCACACCAUGUGCAGGCAGCUCUUUGGUUUCAUCGGAGGCAUGCUGCUGUUCUUCUGGCUCGGAAACCAAUUUCCCUUGUUCCGCCCCGUGUUACCGAAGCAGUAUCCAUUCACCGAAUUGUACGAGGAGAAAGGAGGAGACCCGUCAAAGAAGCCCGAAGCUGAGACAACAAACUAUACAAUAUAAUUGUUUUUACCACCACAUUUGACUUCAGUGUAAAAUUGACUGUAGUUUAACUUCUAAAUGUGCAGACAUUAAAAAAAAACCUUAAUGCUUUCAAUGUCUAAUGGCCAUGCAAUGUGACAGUUUAGAUCAAAUGUUCACCGUGUAAUGGUGAUCAGUACAUGCAUUAAUUUUGUUUCUUGCAAAAAUGGCUUUACAUCUGUUGUAAUGUCCAUACAAAGCCGAAUAAAAUAUAAACAUGAAACAUG